AUGUUCAAAUUAAUCCUUGUAUUCCUUGCUUUGAUUCUUUCACCGUGCCCAAUUCAUUGCCGGAAGCCCCACGUCAUCAACCUCCGGUGGCCAGAUCUCUACCCGGCGUCCUUCACGUGGGACCAAAAGUCGGAGCACUUUAUUGUCGGGUCCCACCGCCAGAAACAGCUCCUCUCAAUCUCAGAUGCCGGCGUUGCAGCUUCCCUUCUUUCCGACGAUUCCCUUCCUGAAAACUCCUCCUUCAUUGGCCUCGCCCUAGACCGUCUUCACCACCGCCUCCUCGCCGUUGUUCAUCGCCCCGCCACUCCACCCACCCCAUCCUUCAGCGCCCUCGCCUCCUACCAUCUCACCACCUUCAAUCAACUCUUCCUCGCCCAACUUCCAAACUCCACCGUUCCAAACGACGUCGCAAUCGAUUUCUUUGGGAACGCUUACGUCACUGACUCGGCCAACGAAAUCGUCUUCAAAGUUAACAUUGACGGUGAGACCUCGAUUCUGUCAAGAUCUCAGGCAUAUCGCAAUUCCGGGUUAAACGGCGUGGUUUACAACUCGAAGGGUUAUCUGCUAGUGGUGCAGUCAAACACAGGCAAAUUAUACAAAGUCAACGUUGACGACGGGACGGCAAGGACCGUCAUUCUAAACAAAGACUUAACGGAGGUUGAGGGAAUUGCCGUUAGAAGUGACGGUAUUGUGGUGGCAGUAUCAAAAUAUAAACUCUAUUUUAUCAAGAGCCACGAUAGUUGGAGCGAAGGAGUAGUAUUUGACGAAACUACCCUUGAUGAGGAGAGGCAUGCCAGUGCCGUGGCAGUCGGAGCUGAGGACAGGGUGUAUGUGUUAUAUGGGCAUGUGAAGGAGGGCAUAACGGGAAAAGCAGAAAGAGUGGAAUUUAGUAUAGUAGAAGUGGAAUCAGAAAAGGAGAGUAAAGAAGAGAAUGUUUGGAUAUUUGUUUUGGUUGGUUUGGGAUUUGCUUAUUUUUUGUUUUGGAGAUUUCAAAUGAGGCAGCUCGUGCAGAAUAUGGACAAGAAAAAUGCAUGA